AGUGUCUGCGAAGAUGUGUAAUUAAGAAGGUUUCCAUUACUGCCAAAUUGUCGUAACGGUCCUCGACAAUAACACAUCGGCGAUAUUAAUAAUGGCUUUUAAUCGAAUUGGGUAUACGGGAGACAUUCAUCCCCCAUUCCCACUCCCCGUGACAGGUGUUCGUUCGCCUGGUGUCUGUCUGUCUGUGCCUUCUUCUUCUUCUUGUAGACCGCGAAGGUAUUUUAACUUCGAGUGCGGACCGGUAACCAGCGUCAGUUCAAGCGGAGCUCUCGCAAGGGGAGUUUCAGGAGCGCGAUGGCGGAAGCAGACAGGAGGAGGGACGUCUUCGCCAUUGCAGUCGGGGUCUUGGUGUUACUGGGAGAUAGUACUUCGCGCGCUCGAGCAGACCAUUAUAAAGACGACGAAUCAUCCGUAAGGAUCCGAAAAGAUGCCAGCCUCGCACAAACAGAGAACGGGAUAUCCCAAGGCCAUGUGGAAAGGACAGAGACCAGGGACCUUGUCAGGCAGAAAUUGAUAUUGGUCUUGGAGUCGUUGAGGAACAAGACACGUGAGAGGCGAUCGCCUGACUUCCCAAAUGUUUACUUCAACUCAACUUCAGGCAAUGUGACGCUACAACCAUAUUGCAUGGGUGGGCAUUUGAGUGGCAGCGUGUCUUACGUCCUACAGACGCUGAUAGAAGAUUUCUCCUUGUCAGCUGCGGAGAAGUCUAACACAUACGACUGCCUGAGCACAAUGAUAAACCAGGUGGCAUCGGCCAAUGCAGCAGGCUACUUUGAGGACUUUGGGGACAAGCAGGCCUUUGAAGAGCUCCUUCAGGAGGCGAUUGAAGGAGGUGAAACCAGAACAACUGACAGUGGUUUGGAAAGCGUAACCAACAACACUUUGCAAGAAAACAGAAAUGGAGUGUUAAAAAAGAUCAGUAUUCUACGACAUUCAGUGGAUGUUCUCAACAGAAUGAGUGAAAAAAUCAAGCACACAUCUCAAGCAUCUUCUGCUGAAACACUUCGCCGACACAGAAGGGAGGCAACAUUUACCAUUGGCACCCUUCAAAACAAUAUACUCACAAUUGAACCUUACUGUAAUUUCAACCAGGAAAACAAAAUUGCGGGAAGUGUCGCCAAUGUAUUAACACAGGUCAUGAAUGACCUGAACACUGUGAUGUUAGCCCUAGAUGACACUAUUGAGAGUCUGGAACGUCUCGAAUGUAUGGUUAUCCUUUCCGAGAAUCUCACUGCACUCAUGGAGUCGGGUGAGCUAACCAUAACGGCAUCCGAAGCGGGGAACUUGACAGAAGCUGUGGAUACGGCCAAUGACACAGCAACUGUACUCGUCUACGGUACGGAACAGGAACUUAAUAAUUUGACGUCGGAACUGGCAGCAAUCAAUAAUCAGCUAACAACGUUGUCAGUUUCUGGGACAACCACCACUCCAACAGGACAGCCACCCACAACAACACCUGAAGGACCAACCACCACUCCAGCAGGACAGCCACCCACAACAACCCCUGCAGGACCAACCACCACUCCAGCAGGACAGCCACCCCCAACUACCCCUGCAUUACACAACCACACACAACUCCAGCAGGACAGCCACCCACAAACUACCCCUGCAGGACCAACACUACUCCAGCAGGACGUCACCCACACUACCCUGCAUGACCAACCACCACGACAGCCACCCACAACUACCCCUGCAGGACCAACCACCACUCCAGCAGGACAGCCACCCACAACUACCCCUGCAGGACCAACCACCACUCCAGCAGGACAGCCACCCACAACUACCCCUGCAGGACCAACCACCACUCCAGCAGGACCAGGGCCACCCACCAACUAA